CAAUUGUACAAAUUUCUGUGGAUGUUCUCACUACAGUGCAGUUAUCCAAGUUUUAUGAAGAUAUUGCAGAUUUGUUUUAUGUUAUCAAGCGUGGUCGAAUUAGUCGGGGCAAUGUAUUACGUACAGCCCGUAAAAAAAGUUAUUGAAGACUUCGGCUCUAUAAAAUACGAAUACAAGCUGAUGGAUGACACCUACGGACCCACUCGUUAUCCCGAAAUGUUGGAAAGCAGAACCGCAUUUACUUCUGGGCAGAGUAGUAUCUAUGAAAUAAUAACCCAACCAUCCAACCUUGAAACAAGAAAAGCUUCCUAUGCUGUUUUAAAUGAUCUGCAGGAAGUCACAGAUGCUGAUCAUAUCGAAAAUUUACUUACCGUCGAAGAAACAACAUCUGUGGAUACAUCGACAGAUAUCAGACAAAGUAAUCACACACGUGUCGAGUCAAGAAACAAAAUAGCGCGUAGAAUGAGUGAGGAUGAGAUUAAACAAAAAGUCAUAGAAUUAUAUGAAAAGUACCAACUGGUGAAAGAUGUAUAUCUAACAAGAAUACCUGCAGGUUUUAAAAAAUAUCACUUUUCAAAAGUGUACAAGGCAAGCACAUUCAUAAAAUACUUACACAGUAUACCAAGAUACAAUUUUAAGUUUGAAAGAAUUGAUAGUCAAUUUAGUGCUAUUGACGAUAAUUAUGCCCAGGGUGUAAUUUUGAUGGGCAUUGUAUGGUCAUGUUUCGGCAUCGUAUUCAGUUUGACGUGCAUUCAUACAUGCUUCAGACUCAGGGCAAUCAAAUUGACGCGCAAAACCUUCAAAAGAUACAGGAUUGUGCUAUCAUUCCUGUCGACAGGAGUUCUCGUGUUGUCCACAUCCUCCGUUGGCCAGACUGGUUAUACGCAUUAUCUACGCGCUUACGACACUCUAUUUCGAAUUGAAAAUUAUUUAUGGAAGAAUGGACACGAAUUUGAUCUAUAUGGAAAACACAUACAAAGUUACAUAGACAUGUUUGAUAACCUAGAUAAAUAUUUUAACUCCGUGAUUGAAUCUUUACCUGAGUUACAUAAAUUAAAUAUAGACACAACUAAAUUGGAAAGGGAAAUGAAAAUAUUGAGAUUAUUCGCUAAUCAGACGGAUUUCCGAGAUCGAUUGGAAAUGGGAUUACGUUACAACGAUUUCAUUCAAUCCAUACGAAAGAAGGCCGAAAUCCUUGUUGAUGGUGCUAAUGAUUCUGCGAAUGAUGGUGCGAGUGGUGCUGAUGAUGCGGACGAUGCUGAUAGUGCUAAUGAUUCUAAUAGUGUGAGUGGUGCUGAUGAUGCGGAUGAUGCUAUUGGUGCUGAUUCUGAUGGUGCUGACGAUGCUGAUGAUUAUGCUAAGUGCACUUGUUAUGUUGGUGGUGCUGAUGAUGCAGAUGGUGCUUUUGAUGCAGAUGAUACUGAUAAUUCUGACAGUGCUGAUGAUGACUGGUGGCCAGGCAUGACUUCGAUAUUGGCAUCAGCACCAUCAGAGUCAUUAGCACCAUUUGCAUCAUAA